CUUGGAGAAAAGCGGGGAGAAAAGAUUAAGGGUGCUGGGGAAGGUUGGUAUUGUGGCCGGCGGCAAUUUACCGGCAGAGGGAGGGAUUCUCGUCGGAGGCUAAGCAGUGUUUGGUGGUAGAGUUUCUAAAGGGCAAAAGUGUCAUUUAACUCAAAGUUAUGGGCGGCAAAUAAUAAUUUUACGGGCGGUAAAUAACAGUUCAUUAUAGGUACCUCCGUAACCAAUUCGUUUGAACACCCUGGCCCUGGCCUUCUUCUCUUGUCUGUUUCACUUUCAACUCCUGCAAGCAUUUGGCUCAGUUUCUCCCAUCUCAUCCAUCUGAGGAGAAAGCUCAAUUAUCAUCAUCGAAUCUAUGCUCACAAGCCGACCGACGUUUAAAGUAGGCGUCUGGAAGACUGGCGCAUAAAAGAUCCAUAUCUCCGACGGGUCGGGUAUUCCACCAUCUUCACCGGAAUUCAUCGUUGAAAGUAGAGUCGAGAUCUGACGGAGAAGCGUGAUUGUUGUCUGUAAAGUUAUAGAUUCGGAUUUCCUUGCUGUUUAUAUAGUUGCGAUUCAAACAAUUGAGAGAAAGAUGUUCAAUUAAAGUUCGAGAAGAAGCAAAUAGGGAGAUGAGGAAGAAGUGGACCGUUAGAAAAUGUCAAAGACUAAGAGGUUGCAGCAGCAGCGGAGGGCCAAAUUGGAUUGAGCUGCCGGUGGAAAUCAUGAGAAUCGUGUUUGGGCGUUUGAGUUAUUUUGAUCAAAUUUGUUGCCAUAGCGUGUGUAAGAGCAGGCGAGACGUUCCUCCGGCACCAGCCCUAGACCAGGAUUUUCUUCCACGUAUGAUUUUGCUGUGCGAGGAUACAACGGCAUUAAACUUGAUGGAACGGCAGCCGUGGUUGAUGAAUGGCAAGCAUGUGAUUGAUCCAGUGAUAUUUGAUCCAUGGAAACAAAAGGUGUACCCGCUGAGAAAAAGAAAGGAGUUCGGCAGUCGUGACAGCAGAAUAGUAGCUUUUGAUUCGCGAAAAGGUUGUCUUCUCAUUGGUAAAGAAGCAUCAGAACGAAAGACCAGAGCAAAAUCCCCCCGUACUUUUGGGUUCUAAUAACUUGUCACAAGGAUUCGAAUUGUUCCUCUACUCUCCAUUCAGAGACCAGAUGAUGAACCUCCCCUCACUCUAUGUACCAGGAAAAGUGGCUGCGAUCACCUUUGCUCCUCCGGUGGAUCAUGAUUCAUCCAUCAUCCAAGUAUUCGCCCUCUCCAUUCUUCACCGCAAUAUCUAUGAACCUUAUUAUUCCAAGCAUCGCUGCCAGAGUGAGAUCACGGUUGGCACGUGCCAGGCAGUGGUACUCGAUGAAGCUGAUGUGGCAACUACUAGUAGUUAUAGUAAUUGGACUAUGGAACCAGAAGCCAUCUGUAACCCUGCCUUCGAAACCCAGCUGAGCUUGCAGUCUGUGGUGUACUUGAGAGGGACUUUCUACUGCCUUUUCCAGGAUUUAGUGUUGGCGGGAUUUGAGGUUGCGACAAGACUCUGGCGCUGGCUCGUUCCUCGACCAGUAGAGCCUCGCACUCCUAGCUGGCGCUGGCCUUCUGGGGGCAUGUUCGAGGUCGAUGGAAAGCUUGUUGUCAAAGAUGGCAUCUAUCGCAACUGUGUAGUAUUCGAUUUCGAUACUGGAGGGUGGCGGCCUUCAACAUGAGACUACGAUGUUGAUUAUGUGAGAUUCCAGUGCUCCAGCGGCAAGACAUCGUUUUAUGCUGUGGGACCACACAACCUCCCUCGUCCUGCUAAAGAUUCCACCUUUGGAACUGAUGGUGCUUUCGAAGCUUUUUCCAAAUACCCGACACCGCGCCUGCUGUCUACUACCGCUCCUUUCUAUGAUAAGCUCUACUCUCUUAGAUCACAUUUCUCUCUUUGGAUUCGUCCUACCUAGCUAGCUACCAAGACAUAUCUGUGCUGUGCUCCCCAUUUCUAUCCGUUCCACGGGUGGGAGUUGAAAUAAGGUUAUCUCUUCAGUUCGUUUUCUUCUUGGUUUACAAUAUUGGCGGCAUCCAUGGUUAUGACUGAAUCCUGAAAUUGAUGCUGAUGCACUGCUCUUUAGAAUGUACUGCAUGCUGGACUUUGUUGGAUUCCAUGUGUUUUUCAGAGUUAAUUUUAGUCAUCUUGUCUUCAUGUUUGCAGUAGAUAACAUGAAGAAUUAGAUUGAAAACAUUGUGUUAUUCUUUAAAUAAGUGAAACUGCAUAGGGAAUUCUUUGAUGUUCUACUGACUCCCUUGGCUGCAUUUCAAUUUUAGCAUAUAUAUAAAUUGAUAGUUUGUGCUAAGGUAAGGGGCAAUUUCUAUGCAGCCAUACGUAGUUUGAGGGGGUUAGUCAUGCCGUGCUUUGAGGCUGGCAGCCUUCGUUUACUGCUAACUCUUGUAGCCGAAUAUAAUUUGUUUACAAAUGUAGGAGACAGAGGGAGUCCUCCGGAUAUGGCUGCUUUUAUCACAAGUGUUGCACUGAAGAAGAACCAACAAGAUAAGAUCGAGCGGUCUCUGCUCCUCUCUAACUAAGAGGAGAAGCGGAAUAUUUUAAAAAGCCAUGCUUAUCAUCUUAUUAGUCAUGGAAAUACGUGCAUCGGAAGAUCCUGAAUUUGAGACUUUUUUACACCAGAAAUAUUCUCUUAAAUGAUGGUAUUCGUGAUUGGAUGGCGGCUCAAGAUCAACCUCAUGAAAACCUUAUAUUCCAUGAGGAGAAGAAGGAAAGAGGGAAAACAAGAAUCCCACACAACAAGAGAAGAGUUGGUGAUUUUCCUGUUUGUUUCAAGAAAUCCCUCUCUCUUCCUUGAGAUUGACAAAGGUGAAACAGAAAAAGAAGGGAAAGACCCUCUAGAUCAAUCUCUCUACGCUGCCUAUGACUCAUCCCUUUUCAUCCAGAGGUGGAAUGGACAAAAGUGGUGAGAACAUAUUUGAUUUUCUAGCAGGCGAGAUCUCUUAUUCAUCCGCCUUUUGUAUACCUUUCUUCAAUCUUCUCAUUCCCUCGACUACAGGCCGAUCUCAUGCCUAGACACCCACUUGUCGAUCGGCGGUUUCCCCAUGGGAACAGUAGCGGCAAAAUGAUUUUGCUGGUCAAUUCAUAGUAUAUUUUAUACGAGCUGGCAAGGAGAUUCUCAUAACGGACGUAGAGUCAAGGUCUAUUCAUGCCAUUGCUUUUACGAUGCGUCUCUCCAAAUUAACAUGACGGGUUUUUUUCUAGGAUUUCCCGUUUGAUUUUCCCAUCCUCUGUAGUUUAGCUACUUCUUCUUUAGUUAGGUACUGCUGUUCUGGUGAGAUGGUAUACAAUAUUCAACAACAAGAACAUAGUGGUUCGAGAUUUGUGAAGUACUUUGUUCUUGAUGAAAAUUUUCAUUUCCUUUCUGAAAUAUGGCUUAUUUGGUGAGUUCGACAUUUUGGAGUUAGACUCUGUUGUUAACUUCAUGAAGCUCUAAUUUAAAUUUUAACUAACCUAAACUCAUAUGCCGACGGUUAAGAUUAUCCAACGUAAACCGUAUACUCAUGCUUAAGUUGUGUUUACUCAGAAUGCUGAGUAUUGUCUGCUUUAUGUUCCUGAAUAAUCAGUGCUUCAAUUUCGUAGUAGAAAUGUGUUGAGAAAGGGAGAAGAGAAUGAGUUGUUCUUUCUGUAAUAAUCUUACCGUGGCUCUCUUCUCCGACUGAAUUCUCCAGUCCUUUUCUCCUUGUGGCACACACCUGUGCGCUGUCUGAGUUUCCCCAAAACUCUCUCUUCUGUAUAGAUUCGGAUUGUGAGUGGUAGAUGGAUCCAUGGCCUUUGGUUUAGUUUCUUUAGGUAUUAGUUUUUGUACUCUUUAACGUCUUACUUUCUCAAAUUGGGGAGAAGAUGUUUUCCCCCAGGUUAUGGUGGAUUGAAACUCCGAUCGUCAUAGCAACAAUGGAGGCAAUAACAAGCCACCGCCAAACAGGAGCGUAAGAGUAAUGGGAAUGGAUGAACUCCGGAGCUGAAUCAAAUGCUUGCCGUUGGAUAUAAACAGAACCUCUUGCAACACUGCAACAGGUAAUGACUUGCAACUACUGUUAAGACAACACAAUCUAAAUGUUGUGCCUUUGCAAGAACACCGAUGGUUUCGAUGGGAACUUGAGUUUCUCAGAUUGGAAACGACAGGUUAAUGAGCUUAAGAUAGUUCUUGUCGUUUACCUUUCAAAUAGCACAUUUCACAAGCCUUCACCGGGUGAGGCCGACUUCCUCUUCUUUAUCAGGUACUUCCCAGCAAUGGUGGGUUGGAUAUUAUUGGAUUCAUUUUGAAUAUUCUGAAAUGGGGCUCACCCCAAAGUUGGUGAAGUCCUCUUCUGCAAGCUCCCACACAGUGAAUGGUGAACUCCGUCAGCAUAAACCCUCUUCGUAUAUGAAAUCAUUCCCCUGUCAGCCGACAACACCACCCGUCCCAUCCUCGAUGUCAUAAGUAUGUGAGAUCACCUUGCCUUCACCUUUUGAAACCUCUAAGUCUGUUUUACCAUAUGUUUCGUUACACUAUUUUCAUUUCCAGUUUUGACUGUACUGUAAAAAGAAAAGCAUUAAACAUAUUGCAAAAGCUGCUUUAAUGGGCAGUCUUUGGUCCUUACGUAAAGAUACACGUUUCUUUAUUGGGUUAUGAAAUUCAAGUAUUAUAUAGUGUUGACUUACUUUUAUACUAUCACUUCCCCUUUUCGUUUUAAUCGAUAAAGCCUUUCAAUGAUCUUAUGGCCGUGGCGCAGCUUACUAGUUUGAUUAUGAUACCUGAGUGGCAGCCUUGGAUACAAGAUGACAAGUGACGACGUUGGAUUUGCGCGGUUCCCCCAAAUCGUUUUGCGCUUUGGAUCAUACAUCCUCCCACCUGCUGCUAUGGAUUCCACCUUCAGAACUGAUGGUGCUUUCCGCACUUAUUCUGAAUACCUGACACUGUGUCUGCUUUGUUUAAGGCAUCCUUUCCAUAACAAGCUGUCUUCUCUAAAUAUCCCAUCUCUCCAUUUAGAUUCAUCCUAUCUAGCUAGCCACCUAUAUACACCUAUUUUGAUGGAGUAGUAUACAUUUUCGUCCAUUAAUAUAUUCUUUCCCUAUCAAUAAGAGAAGGCUUCAUCUGUUCUACAUAAAAACUAAUUAAUUGGCCCUUCGCACAACCAUCAUUGUAUAAUAUAUGUUGCAGAUUCUCUACUUUGAAUUUCUUUGUUGUUGUAAAUCACAUGUCAUCACAUCAAACUAUGGCGUGGGAGUAGAAAUAAGGUAUGUCUUCACUUCGUUUGUCCCUGGUUUACUAUAUUGAUGUCAACGGUCAUGAUUAAAUUUUGAGUUUUAUGCUGAUGCUGGUGGAGUUGGUAAACUCUUUUUGAAGUGCUGGAUUCGCCAAAUUCUAUGUGCUAGUCAGAUUUCAUUCAAACCAUGUGUUUUGUUUGCCGUAGAUGUUUGAAGGAAUAGAUUGAUUGUCAUGCUUCAGAAAAAAGUUUAACUUCCUACCAAAGUCAGUGAUGUUUUCAACUGUUGGGCUGCAUUUGGAUUUCAGGAUACAAUCUGAUAGUUUGUGCUACCCUAAGCCCCUUUCUGUUUUUAUCUUUCCAUAAGUGUGAGCAUCAUGUUUGAGCAAUGAUAUAUGUUUUUACUGCUUAACAUCACAUUGUGGAGUAUGAUGAUCAUGAGUUGAGUUCCCGAGUCUAAUCUGUAAUUUCGUGAUCGAGUGGUGCUUUCCGUUCCUUGAUACUCUAAAUUAUUUGUACUGGUGCUUUCUCAUAUGCUGGAAGAGGUAUGGCAGUGCUGCAACAUUUUGGUUAAUUGUAUUGGUUGUUAGUUCCUUUCUCCAUGUACCUUUUGGUUCAAACUUGGAGCACAAGGUAGCGGAUUAAAUGCAGAGUAGCUUUGAUAAUGAGAAACGGGAUCAGGUUGCAGUUCUGAUUUGAAGCAAUUGAAUGGUUGUCAUUCCUAAGUGCAAGUAUUCCUGAUUUCUCUGGGUUCUUUGUGAAGGACGUAAGUUUGCUAAACUAUAUUGACCUUGUUUUACAGAGUGUGUGCAGUUAGCUCGUACUCAUAAUAGUCCUGUGUCCCUACUAAUCAUCCUUCUAGGGGUUUCAAAGCUUUAAUGGCCUCCUAUAUUUUAAUCUUUUUCCAUACAACUCCCAAAUUUCCAACAUUUUGCUGAAUGUAGCGAGAGCUCAGUUUCAAAACGCUGUCGUUUUAUGCUGAAGCAAUAAAAGAGAGACACGUGCCUCAGAGUCAGCGAUACUCUUCCGCCUCGGCCUUCAAGCUCACAAUUCGCAAGGGCCCACCCAAAUCUAAAGGCCAAGGUUCUACUCUUCUUCCUUCAUCGUUACUCCACUGACGAUACGGACAGUAAUCCAAGCUUCAUUCGACGGGAGGAUUCCACCGCCAAUCGACCACAUCGCCCAAGCAGCUCAGCGCAGUUGGAGAACUUCGCUUCAUCAUUACUCCUUUACCACCGGCAGGUAAAGGAAUCCCAGCUUCAUUCGGCGGGAGGAUUCCACCCCCAAUCGACCGCAUCGAGUCUCCAUCCAGCCCCGAGCAGCACAGAGCAGCCGCGGCCUUCAGUUCUCCUUUCUCUUUCGCUGCCGAAGAAACCUUAGCUCUGCGCUGCUGUCAGUUCGCAUCUGUUCUAUUCCCCCAGUGUCCGUUUUCAAGAUUUGCAGAUUCCUCUCGGUAGUUUCGUUGAGUAUACCUUAGAAAGCAAAGAUGCAGUUGGGCGAAGGCAAUGGAGACGAGGACAUUGCUCAAGAAGAUGCUUGGGUGGUUAUUGAUGCAUUUUUUGCCGAAAAAAAUUUGGUUGAACAGCAACUUGAAUCAUUCAACACGUUUAUCAAUACGACAAUAGUGAAGAUUGUUGAGGCAGACUACAAUAAUAUCAAAGUCCCUAGCCAUCUCCCUGAGCAAAUGUAUACAAUCAAAUUCAGUAACUUGUGCUUGAGUAAGCCUAUGAUGACGGAGCCUGAUGGAGAAACAGAAGUACUAUUUCCUCAAACUGCCAGGUUGAGGAACUUGACAUAUUCAGCUCCAUUGUACGUCGAUGUCAAUUUGAGCGCAUGUGAUGGUGAAAACAUUACUAUACUCCAGACGCUCACCAAACAUUACAUCGGGAAGGUUCCUAUAAUGCUGGGGUCGAGUGUCUGCCGCUUAAACAUGACAGAUGGUACUGCAGUAACCUAUGGAGAAUGUGAAUUUGAUCGUGGUGGGUAUUUUGUGAUUAAUGGGCGCGAUCACGUGAUUAUCGGCCAGGAGAGAAUGAACAUAAACAAUGUUUAUGUUUCAAAGAAAAAGGAGCCAAAUAACUAUAGCUAUGUAGCUGAAGUACGAUCCAGAGGAGAGUUCCACAAUGGGCCGGCAACUACCACCAUGUUUGUUAAUAUGCUUUCCCGGAGUGGGGCUAAAAAGGGCAAAUCAGGACAGUGUAUUGCAAGCACUUUACCAUACAUCCGCACUGCAAUCCCUAUUGUUAUUGUGUUUCGAGCUCUUGGGAUUGUGGCUGAUAAGGACAUAGUAAAGUACAUUUGCUAUGAUCUCUCUGAUACAGAGAUGAUAGAGUUGCUGGGUCCCUCUUUGGAUGAAGCCUUUGUAAUCCAAAAUCAAGAGGUUGCUCUUGAUUACAUUGGGAAACGUGGGCCAACUGUUCCUCUUACAAAGGAAAAGAGGAUCAAGUAUGCUAAAGAUAUUCUACAAAAAGAAAUGCUUCCUCAUGUUGGUGUCGAGGAAUAUCAGGAGACCAAAAAAGCUUACUACUUCGGAUACAUCAUCCGCCGCCUUCUACUGUGCGUGCUUGGGCGGCGACCAGAAGAUGAUAUCCAUCGUUUUGGCAACAAGAGGCUCGAUCUUGCGGGUCCUUUAUUUGAAGAAGUCUUCAGAAUGUUAUUCAGAAGGCUGACUAGGGAUAUCAGGUCUUAUGUGCAGAAGUGUGUUGAUAAAAGAAAAGUGAUUGAUCUGGAAUUUGCUAUUAAAGCAAAAACAAUCACUGCCGGGCUUAACUAUGCACUCGCCACUGGGAAUUGGGGACAAGCUAGUGCUGCUGGCAAUAGAGCUGGAGUGUCACAGCUCUUAAAUCGGCUGACCUUUGCCUCUACUCUAUCCCAUCUGCGGAGAUUGAUGUCCCCAAAACGGCGCGAAGGAAAACUAGUCACAGAAGGCCAGCUUCACAGCUCUCAAUGGGGGAUGAUUUGUCCAGUCGAGACACCUCAUGGACAGGCCUGCGGACUGGUGAAAAAUUUGGCUCUAAUGGCGCACAUAACGGUUGGAUCAGACGCAGACCCUGUCGUUGCGUUUUUAAGAGAGCAGGGCACUGAAAGCUUGGAGGAAACCCUUCCUGCUGCUAUUUCUCAAGCUACCAAAAUUUUUGUUAAUGGCGUGUGGGUGGGCAUCCAUAAAAACCCGGUUGAGUUGGUUGCGAGAUUGCGGGUGGAAAUGAUGCAGGGUAUUGUGAACAGUGAAACUGGAGUUGUGAAAGAUUUCCGUUUCAAGGAGUUGCGAAUCUAUACAGAUCAUGGUCGUUGUCGUCGUCCUUUGUUCGUUGUUGAGAGACAACGACUUCUCAUAAGGAAGCAGGAUAUUCUUCGACUUAAAGAGCAGCAACAACUGCCAUUUACUUCUCUGGUAAAGGCAGGGCUUGUUGAGUAUCUUGCUGCAGAUGAGGAGGAAACAGCCAUGAUUUGUAUGCUCAUCGAUGAGCUUGUGAAAGCAAGGCUUAACCCAGAAGCUGCUGGUUCUACGACUUACACACACUGUGAGAUCCAUCCGUCAUUGAUUCUUGGUGUUUGUGCCUCAUUUAUUCCAUUCCCUAACCAUAACCCGUCCCCAUAUAUAACUCACCAAUCUGCAAUUGGGAAGCAAGCAAUGGGAAUUUAUGCGACCAACACCCAGUUCAACAUGCACUCAACAACAUAUGAUUUACACUAUCCGCAAACGCCUCUUGUGACCACAAGAGCUACGAAGCUACUCAACUUCGAGAAGCUUCCAGCCGGUGUGAAUGCCAUUGUGGCGAUCAGCAGCCAUUGUGGAUACAAUCAGAGCGAUUCUAUCAUCAUGAAUCAGUCAUCAAUUGAUCGUGGACUCUUCAGAUCGUCUGUCUUUCGUGCAUAUAGAGAUGAGGAGAGAAACAUCGGUACACUGAUCAAAGAGGAAUUUGGAGUUCCUAACCGAGCUAAUACUAUGGGCCUGCGACAUCGCUCAUACGAAAAGUUGGAUGAUGAUGGACUCACACCCCCUGGUACAAGGGUUUGCGGAGGUGAUACUUUAAUUGGAAAGACCAGUCCCAUCUCAGGGAGAGAUGUCCAGGGGCCACUUAUGCGUUACACCCGACGUGAUCACAGUACAGGUCUGCCCGGUAGUGAAUCAGGGACGGUUGAUAGAGUUUUGCUGACUACUAAUGCUAGUGGAUUGAGGUUGGUGAAAGUGAGGGUGAGAACUCAACGAAUUCCACAGAUAGGAGACAAGUUCAGCAGUCGGCAUGGGCAGAAAGCAACCAUAGGCAUGAUCUAUUCACAAGAAGAUCUGCCUUGGACGGUUGAAGGGAUCACGCCGGAAAUCAUAGUGAACCCACACUCGAUGCCAAGUAGGAUGUCCGUUGGCCAGCUUCUUGAGAGCUUACUGGGGAAAGUGGCUGCUCAGAGUGGCAGGGUACGAGAUGCUACACCUUUUACCGGUAUCACGGUUGACAGUAUUAAGGAAGCUCUUCUCGUAUCGGGUUACCAAAAACUUGGUGAAGAUCGCAUGUACCAGGGUGGUACUGGCAGACCACUCGAGAGUAUGGUAUUCAUGGGUCCAACAUACUAUCAACGGCUGAAGCAUAUGGUGGACGACAAGAUCCACUCUCGAGCAAGGGGACCUGUCCAGAUCCUUACCAGACAGCCCACCGAAGGACGGGCGCGCAGUGGUGGUAUUCGUUUCGGUGAAAUGGAGCGGGACUGUCUAAUUUCACAUGGCGCUGCCAAUAUGUUAAAAGAAAGAUUGUUCGAGUUGAGUGACCCUUAUAGGGUUCACAUUUGCCAGAGCUGUGGACUAUUGGCUAUUGCCAAUCCGACCAAUAGGUCUUUUGGGUGCAAGCUUUGCAAAAACAACAUUAACAUUUUCCAGGUUAGCCAAGUUUUUUGUGUCCACACACCAUACUCGUUCAAACUCCUUGUUCAAGAGCUCAUGGCCAUGUGCAUUUCACCAAGGUUGUUACUGCAAUAGCUGUUUUAUCAUUGAGGUGUGUAAAAAGGGAUUUUUAUCGACGAGCUUAAAGUGUGCAGGUCUCAUCGUCCAUGCAAAUAGAAUGGAACUCGUUGCCAUUGGAGUUUGGACUGAUGUUAACAGUUGCUGUUUCAGAAGUGGGGAACUCUUGAAACAGUGGGUUAGGGAGUUUCUUCUCGUGGGAUCCUCUUCAUUCCUUUCCCCUGCCUUUUUCAACAACCUUUGAUUCUUGUUCUUGGAUUUCUGUAUUCCGGGUUGCUCUUCUACCAUUACUAGCAAAGGUAUCCGGCGGCAUAAGCCGUGAGUGAACGGUAGCUUGUUACUAAAUACAAAGUAGGUAUUCGACGUAGCAAUUCAGCAAUCCACUUUCACGGUCAGGGGUUGUAUAUAUACAAAUGGAUUAUUCUGUCCCGUUCUCUCUUUCCAUUGUUCUCCACCAUUCAUUCUCUUCUGUAAUAUUAGUUUCUCCGGGGAACCGAAAUAAGCAGAGCGAAGAGCUCUCGGCUGAAGAGCAGAAGAGGGAAUCU